CUUGACCAGACAUACAGGUUUUGGGGGGGGGGGCAUCUUUCUUUCUUCAGCUAUAUUUAGUCCUAAACAGUGCCAUUUCUUCCCAUUCUUCAUCUUCAACCUCUCCAACUCUUCAAUUAUUACAUUUAAGCCCCCAGAACUUACCCAAAUUGCCAUGGAAGACCUCUGGGACGAAAUCAACCUCUCAUCCCUCCCCUUCAGGCGCGGGCCCCGCAUCCCCGUCGCUUUCCAGGACUUCCUCGCCCGCCCCUUCGCCGCCGCCGCCAGAGACACCCCGCCGCCGCCGCCGCCUCCAGUCUCCGGGAAACCCACUUCCCCGGAGUUCCACUUUUUCGGCGGCGCCCACCACCACCACCACCCUGCUUCCAAUCCCCUGCUUCAGCCGCCGUACUCCGCCUCCUCCGACGGCAGCUUCGACGGGCUGCCUCCGGCGGGACCCGACAGGAGAAGGAGAAGGAGGGUUCAUCAUGACUCCGUCGACAAGAGGCAUGCUCGUACAGAAGCGUUGGAGACAGAAGUGGCAAUCCUCUUGAAAGAGAAUGCAAGGCUCAAUAAACAAUAUGAAAGGCUACGUCAAGAGUGUUCAAAGGAGAAUAUAUCCCAUAGAUUCUACAAUGAUAUUAGAUUCAUCCCAGCCAUGUUGAUGCAGAUGGAUUCUAAUACCAUUGCUAAGGUUCUUCGUGCUUCGGAUGGUGCUCAAUUAGCCACAAGAUCCGGUGUGGGUGCUGCCUCGUUGGCAGUGGUUGGUGCCUCGUCGGGUAGAUGGUCCGUCAGUGCAGUACUAGUGCUGCCUCCAGUGCUGGCAGCGCUGGACGACGUCAUGUCGCCCGCUGCUACGGGUGUGGUGUCUUCGGUUGCUGGAAGGGGCUCCGACGCUGGGUUGUCGGUGGCGGCGUCAAAGACCGUAGGUGCUGCUGCACCAGGUCGUCUUGGGGGCCGUGUGAUCAGAUCCUCCUCCAUUGGUAAUGGGCCGUCCGACACUGGAAUUGGUUGAUCGGUCUCUUUAUCUGAAAGGUCGCGGUAAUGCAUUUACAUGAAAAGGUAAUGCAUUAUCAUAAUUAAGAUUAAGGAUAAUG